GGGUAAAAGAUGACAGAUUUUUUGGGUGAACUAUCCCUUUAAUUGUUUACUGACAAACUCUGAGGCAUAAUCUGAGUGGACCCAAUAUGAGAGUUCACAGACAACUCUUCAGAAUCCUGCCGGUAGAAACAUUCCUUCAGAGUUUCCCUAUAGUGUUAGUCCUUCACACUUUACCCUGUUAUAAUUCUCUGGUUAAUAACCAGCUGUGAGAGCAAAAGGAUAAUUUACCGCCACAUAACCGCCUAUUGGAACAGCACCAUGUCUGUGUUUUGAUAGUCCUGCUUGCUGUGUUGCGACUUUCAGCAGCAUUCCACUACACAUCGGUGGUCCAGCGACAGCCCCCUUCAUAGACCCCCAUCCUUCCCAACCCACAGUCUGUGAGGGAAGCUACACUAAAACAGAGAGAGAGAGAGACUUGACUCUGGCCACACACUGACAUGCUUUAAAAAGAGAGAGAGUGGAGAAAAGGAACGUCAGAGUGAAGAGAAGGAGGGAGGGAGCACUCUCUUUUGGAGGAGAGGGAAAGUGAGGGAAGCAUACAGAGGCAGAGGUACCCGGGAAAUAGAGGGAACAAAAGAGAGACUGGGGGGUUUAUAAAUGGACAUGGAGGAUUCUGCCGGAGGAGCUCGUAAAGCCACCAAGAGUAAACUGUUUGAGUUUCUCGUCCAUGGAGUGCGUCCAGGGAUGACCUCAGGGGCACGGAUGCCCCAUCAAGGCGCUCCCAUGGGGCCUCCUGGACCUCCAUAUGGUGGAACACCACCAAUUCGACCAGGGAUGCCUACCUCAGCACUAGACCCCAACCGAAAACGUCCUGCCCCAACCCAGCCAGUGCAACCUCCCCCCGUCCAGAACCGUCCCAGAAAGAAACCACUUGGAUUUCCAGCAACAAAUGAGAUAUCUGCAAGACAGAUGGACAUGAGAGACGCCCAAUCAGAUCCUUCAAUUGGAUGCUUCAAUGCCAAGAGAAGAAAAAUGGCAGACAAGAUUCUCCCUCAGAGGGUGAGGUCCAUCACAAUGGCUUUUAUCUGUUUGUUUGUUUAUUCAUGUCUUAAUUUUCAGUGCCAAGUCAAGAGUGAUCACACGGUACAGAUCCGAGAACUGGUGCCAGAGUCCCAGGCGUACAUGGACCUCCUGGCUUUUGAGCGCAAACUUGACCAAACCAUUAUGAGGAAGAGGGUGGAUAUACAAGAAGCCCUCAAAAGGCCAAUGAAGCAAAAGCGGAAACUACGAUUGUACAUUUCAAACACUUUCAACCCUGCCAAACCUGACGCAGAGGACUCUGAGGGCAGCAUUGCAUCCUGGGAGCUGCGUGUAGAGGGCAAAUUGUUGGAUGAUCCUGGAAAACAAAAGAGGAAGUUUUCUUCUUUCUUUAAGAGCCUUGUUAUUGAGCUGGAUAAGGAUCUGUAUGGCCCUGACAACCACUUAGUGGAGUGGCACCGCACUCCGACGACCCAGGAGACAGAUGGCUUUCAGGUGAAGAGGCCUGGUGAUGUGAAUGUGCGCUGUACCCUCUUACUCAUGCUGGAUUACCAGCCUCCUCAGUUUAAGUUGGAUCCUCGCCUUGCACGUCUCCUUGGCAUCCACACUCAGACCCGCUCCUGCAUCAUCCAGGCUUUAUGGCAGUACGUCAAGACCAACAAGCUGCAGGAUCCUCAUGAAAAGGAGUACAUCAACUGUGAUAAAUAUUUCCAGCAGAUCUUUGACUGUCCUCGUCUGAAGUUUUGUGAGAUCCCCCAGCGACUAACUAACCUCCUGCUGCCGCCAGAUCCUAUUGUCAUCAAUCAUGUUAUCAGCGUGGAUCCAAAUGACCAGAAGAAGACAGCUUGCUAUGACAUUGAUGUUGAAGUUGAUGAUCCUCUUAAGAGUCAGAUGAAUGGAUUCCUGCUGUCCACAGCCAAUCAGCAAGAGAUUGCAUCCCUGGACAACAAGAUCCAUGAAACUAUUGAGUCCAUCAAUCAACUGAAGAUCCAAAGAGAUUUUAUGCUUAGCUUCUCUAGAGACCCCAAGGGCUACAUCCAGGACUGGAUCUGCUCCCAGAACCGGGACCUUAAGCUGAUGACAGAUACAGUAGGAAAUCCAGAGGAAGAGAGAAGAGCAGCGUUUUAUAACCAGCCCUGGUCUCAGGAAGCUGUCAGCCGCUAUUUCUAUUGCAAGAUUCAACAACGAAGACAGGAGCUUGAACAAGCUUUGGCAAUGCGAAACACCUAAAAUAUCUCAGUUUCAAAAAUAUAUCAGUUUCAAGAAUAAGUUGACAACUAAUUUGCUUCACCUGUGGCUUGGUCACUUUUAUUCUGGUGAUAUCCACACUGGGCAGUUUUCCAUGGACAUGAAAGGAUUAGUGAGUGAGGUUUGGACUGAUUUUUUAACCAAUGAGGGUCAAUGAAAGUGUAAUUGUACUCUUAUUUAAUGUAUGUUUACUGUACAGCUGAAUGUAUAACCUCACAGUACAAUGAAUUUAAGAAAGUGGCUUGGAAAUGCCACUUUCACACUGAUAACACAAAUACAGCAGCUAUCGUAAUUGUUUUUACUUCAGUUUUUUGAUGCACAUGAAGUGCAGAUACACUGUGUGUCUUCUCACUUAGAAAGGUAGAAAAUGAAUAAAAAUGUAUGAUGCCUGGGAAUUUUUUUAACCAUUAAUGACAUGCUUAAUGUUAGUAUGUAAGUGUAGAUUUUGAAUUUGUUAAGUUUUUUCUACAUGUUUUUUCAACACAUUCUGCUUUCAGCUUUCUCCUUUGUUUUUCUGUAUUUAAAUUUGCACUGUGCAAAAAACAUCAUGAAGAAAUCCACUGGAUGAAAAUCAGCCAACUUUAUUUGCAAUAAGUGACAUUUAUUGUCAUCAUUUUAAUAUAUUAAUGAAAAUUAAAUAUUCAUGCUACAAUAAGGUAAAUCAUUCUGAUUUGUGAACACUUGUGUUAACAAUACCAAUUUUUGUCUAUUGUUAAAAACUACAAAAUAAUUUCCCAUAAGCAGUGUUUAUAAAUAAUGUUUGAAAGCAUCUUCAUUUUCAGAGGCUUUAAAUGCCAGUAAAACAAAUAUGUUUUAAAUAUUGUGUGUUGAUAAAUACAAUAAUGCAUGUUGCAUGUGAAGGUUUUCAUGUUUUUAUUUUUAUGAGUUUCUUUUUAUUAGCAUUAUUCCAAAAUGUUUUGAAUCUUUGUUGCCUUCUCAAAUCAUUGAUAUGCACAGGAAGCAUUAACCAAAGGUUAAGUACGGUUACAUCAUCUUUGUGAAUGCCAAUAAAUUACUUAAUUUUACUGAAUAUUCCAUCACACAAGUUGAUGGCAUUUGUAUACAUGUGGCCUGAGAUGUGCUUGAUGCACAAGUGUAACAGAUGAGAACUAUUUGGUACUCUUAAAUGUGAAUGGGUGUUCAGAGGCACUGACCCCUUUACCUUUUUACAAGACAUUCUUACUGUGUUAUGUGUUUUAUUUAAAUAAGUGCAGUGCGUCUGUUAUGGACAUUUUGAACAAGAUUAAUAAAAUAAAUACAUGAUAAAAUAAA